AUGUCUGACAAACUCCAUAUGGUCGAAACUGAGAAAUUCAAUAAAUCGAAAUUGAAGACAGAAAAGCAUGAGAAAAAUCCACUGCCUUCAAAUGAAACAAUUGAACAGGAGAAGCAAGCGGGUGAAUCAUAA